AUGGGGGGGGGGGGGGGGGGGGGGGAGAGGAAGCAGAGGGGGGGGGGGGAGAGAGGGCGGGGUGGGGGGGGGGGGGGGGAGGAAGAGGGGAGGGGGGGGGGGGGGGGGGGGGCGGGGGGGGGGGCGGGGAGGGGGGGGGAGGGGGGGGGGGGGGGGGGGGGGGGAGGAGGGGGGGGGAGGAGGGAGAGGCGGAGGAGACGGGGGGGGGGGGGCGGGGGGGAGGGGCGGGGGGGGGAAGGAGGGAAGGGCGAUGGGGGAAGACAGGGAAACGAAGGAGGGAGAGAAGGAGGGGUGACGAAGGGCAGGGGAGCGAGAGAGAGCGACGGGAGGCGAGCGCAGGACGAGACUGCGAGGCAAGCCGCACGCCAUAACUACGAGAAGAAGCAUCGGCUCACGUGA